AAGAAAGAGAGGGCGGCCAUUUUGUUGCAAAGAAUGACAGCAGUGUGAAACAUAUUUCAGCAUACAACAGUUUAUCAUCGCCAGUAGUGUGGGUGUGUAAGUCUUGCAACACUUUCUGUGAUAAUGCAUUGGACCAAUGCAGUUCAUGUGGAUCUAAAAAAGAAGCUAAUGUGCCCAAGAAGAAACUUUUAAUAAAUCCUUUGUUCCAAGUUGAAGGGCCACCAGCUCCUGCUCCAAAACCAGUGUCAACAAGUGCAAAGAAACUUCCUUCAGAUCCUUUGUUCCAAGUUGAAGGGCCACCAGCUCCUGCUCCAAAACCAGUGUCAACAAGUGCAAAGAAACUUCCUUCAGAUCCUUUGUUCCAAGUUGAAGGGCCACCAGCUCCUGCUCCAAAACCAGUGUCAACAAGUGCAAAGAAACUUCCUUCAGAUCCUUUGUUCCAAGUUGAAGGGCCACCAGCUCCUGCUCCAAAACCAGUGUCAACAAGUGCAAAGAAACUUCCUUCAGAUCCUUUGUUCCAAGUUGAAGGGCCACCAGCUCCUGCUCCAAAACCAGUGUCAACAAGUGCAAAGAAACUUCCUUCAGAUCCUUUGUUCCAAGUUGAAGGGCCACCAGCUCCUGCUCCAAAACCAGUGUCAACAAGUGCAAAGAAACUUCCUUCAGAUCCUUUGUUCCAAGUUGAAGGGCCACCAGCUCCUGCUCCAAAACCAGUGUCAACAAGUGCAAAGAAACUUCCUUCAGAUCCUUUGUUCCAAGUUGAAGGGCCACCAGCUCCUGCUCCAAAACCAGUGUCAACAAGUGCAAAGAAACUUCCUUCAGAUCCUUUGUUCCAAGUUGAAGGGCCACCAGCUCCUGCUCCAAAACCAGUGUCAACAAGUGCAAAGAAACUUCCUUCAGUUGCAGAUUUGCCGAUUGUGCCUCAGCCCAUAUGUAUUGUAACUGGAGAAAUAGCGAAGGAGCAUGCUGACGUCCUGGUGAACACAACCGGGACUGAUGUCAACCUCCUGGCUGGAACCGUCUCCUACACCUUCCUGGAGGCAGGAGGGAAGGGGCUGCAGGAGGAGCUGACCAGAGCAUGUCCUUCUGGUCUGAAAGUCGGCGGCGUAGCUGAGACCACAGGGGGGAAACUACAGUGCCAGAAGGUGUUCCACGUUGUGUUGAGGCAGUGGAUGAAUAACAAUGAUGCAGCUGAAUUGACCCUGCUGGAGGUAGUCUACAAUUGUCUACAAAAGGCUUCCAAGGAGGGUUUUACAUCCAUUGCCUUUCCUGCACUUGGAUCAGGGUUUCACAGAUUCCCCGGAAAUCGGUCUGCUGACAUUAUCAUCACUGCCGUUGAAGCAUUUUUGCAGACUAAUUCUACUCUUAGAACAGUUAAGCUUGUGGUACAUCCAUCAAAUGAGCUUAUGAGAAAGGAAUUUGAAGCAAGGCGACAGGGACUUUCGGCAACAUUUGACAACACAAAACUUAGGGAGGUAGUUUUCAAUAGCCAAGCAGCACACGAUAAAAGACUGACUGUCUUGGUUAUUGCAGGACUACUUGCUGAGUCACAGGCUGAUGCCCUGGUCAACACAACCCAGGCUGACCUGAAUCUGUCCGUUGGUGCCGUGUCUGGAUCUCUUCUUGAAGCUGGAGGUCAGGUUCUUCAAGACGAGUGCAGACAGCAGUACCCAUCGGGUGUAAAGGCAAGGACACUGGUACAGACACAAGGUGGGAAGCUCGCAUGCAAGAAAGUAUUCCAUGUCGUUCUAGAAGAGUGGGCACAGAAGAACAAGAAAACGCUGACGGAUUUUGCGUCAAUAGUCACCAAAUGUUCACAAAAGGCGUCAAAGCAGAGCUUCAAAUCAAUCAGCUUUCCAAUCCUGGGAACUGGUUAUGCUGGAUAUCCCCCAGAAGCGUCAGCCAUGGUGAUGAUGUCAGCAUUCAAGAAUUUCAUAGACAACCAUCCCAACACCUCCCUUGAAACCGUAUCUGUUGUUAUUCACCCAAAAGACGAAAGCCUAAGAAAGGUUGUGGAAGCGCACGUCAGCAAGAUCGAAGAAGCGGAAGGUGGAGCAUCAAUGAGAGGAACGGAUGAUCCCUAUGGUUCAGGACAGAAGCAUCCCUUCAGCAAGACACCAUAUGUCACUGGAGAAAAAGCAGCUUUGGAAGGAACGAAAGUCAAGUACUUUGAGCUGACAAACAAUCCCGUUCUUCGCGACACGCCAGAGUACAGCCAUUACAGUGUGGUCGAGUCUCAGUUCUUCAGCUUCCUAUCGAAAGACAGUGUCAACAGACACACAUUCAAAUUGACAAAGGUCGAAUAUGUGGUGAACCCUGCACUUGUGAAGCAAUUUAGAGCAGCGCAACGACGGAUGGCUAAGAAGCAAACCGGAUUUGAGAAUCACGUUCUUGGUUUUCAUGGAACUGCCGAAGAUAAUAUUAAAAGUAUCUGUCGUGAAGGAUUCCGGCAAAUAGAUCAUCCCUACUUCGAAGAAUCCACUGACGUUGGGUGGUACGGGAAUGGCAUCUACUUCAGUAAAUACCCAAGAUUUUCCAUGAAUUAUAUGCAAAAGACUUGCAAGCUGUUGUUGUGCAAAGUUCUUCAAGGAAAGAUCUUCAAAUGUGAGAAAAUGAAAUUGGGCGCGCCUAAGGAGCCAGGAUACGACUCCCACGUUGACCCGUACGGCAAAGAAAUUGUCAUCUAUGAGGAUGCCUGCAUCCUCCCCUGCUACAUUGUGCACUUCGACAUCUUGGGGAGGUUUAAAUUUCCAGACGAUGGGGCAUCUCCAUUUGAUGAUGAUCACACUCUUAGUCAGUAUCUGUACGAAAUGGACAUGCAUAAAGGAGAGGAGUUUCCAGGAUUCUGAGUUGGAGAAGGAGAAUGUAACAUCUGCUAGUUUUAACACAAAUCUAGCAAAGUGUCAUAGCCAUGACUCGUUUCCUCCUGAUAUACAAUUGUUGUAAAUAUAUCACCUAUUAUCAUGCAGUCAUUUACAGCGGUCGACCUUCUGGUGUUUCCAACCUGACACAUACUGAGUUAUAUAUGUAUGUUGAGAAAAAGAAAAGACUUGUGUAUGCAGUAAUGGCAAACUUUCUUAGGCAAGGAUGGAUGUAAAGUUAUUUCCUGUUCCUGCAGAAGAGCAACAAACAUUUUUUAGAACACUAAGGAACUUUAAUAACAUCGAAGUAUAACUGUUAAUAUAUACUCUGUCUGUCUCUCUGUGUGUGUCUCUCUCCACCGUCUCUCUCUAUCUCUCUCUCUAUCUCUCUCUCUCUCUCUCUCUCUCUCUCUCUCGUGGCUAAAAUAAUUUAGAUCUUACGCUCAAGUUUACCUCAUUGGUGUAGAAAGGUCCACACAAGCGUAAAACCGGAGGAACAUGUGUAGCAUGUAUUAGUGCAGAAUGAAUAUUACAUGUAUCUCCUGUCUAGGCGUGCGUGCCCAAGUAAACGUUUAAUUAUGUAAUAUAUACUGGCAUUUUAGUAAUGUAGUCAUUGUGGCCAGUUGUGGCUGCAUAGCAGCAAUACAAUAUCAAUCCAAAUACAUACUGGCAUGUCACGAGCUGGCAGCAACAGCGGGUGAAUUGAAACAACAGUUAGAUGAGCAUGGAAUAGAUAGUGACCAUAGGCACAUCAUUGAAUAAAAUAUGAAAGAGUGAGGGAGUAUGGUUUUACGCAGGUAAAACAUAAUCCAUUCAAAUUUCAGCUGGGUAGCGUUCCUACCAAGGAUACAUGUGAUAGUGUGACAUAUGGGGGAGUCAUCCUAAACACUAAACUUGCAUGUACAAAUAUGAUAGUGCGAUGUUGACAAAACACAGGACGCACAGUAAGCUCACUCACGUUUGUAGGAUUACAUAGUUAUGAUCUCCACCCUAUUGUAUGUGUGAAAAUAUGGAACCGAAUGGUUCUCUCUACCAGCUUCUAUGCGUGUGAGCUGCUAAGCGGCAUACAUGGUAAAGAUACUAUUCAGAUAGAGAAUUCUCAACAGCACUUUGCCAGAGCCAUUCAAGGUCUAGACCAACAUCAUCAACUGAUUCAGCCAUAGCGAAUCUAGGAAUGUGGACACUAACAGGAUACGUAGACAAAUGCAGGCUACUACUCCUCGGAGGACUCUGUACAACUCAUGCUACACUGCAAUGAAACAUUAUAUGUGCAUACUUAGCUUAGUCUUAGUCAAUGUUCAUAAUGUCAAAAUUAGCACUAGCAUAUGUGGCAUAAUGAUAUUAUCUCCUUGUAAAAUUAACCUUAAAAUGUCCACUCUUCAUUGAAGCAUUAACAUAUCCUGAUCUUAGGUAUUGCAUCCAAUACUCUCUUAAGAUAGCCUCCAGACCCAUGACAUCAAGAGAAUGUUCUGAAUGUGAAAGGCAUGCCUAUGAUUAUGACAAAUAUGUACUACUACACUGAAUAUUUAAUAAAUGUUCGAAUUGAAUUCUUCUUCACCCGCAUAGACAAAAGGAAUGUUGAAAGUUAUGUUUAAACUGAACUUCUGGAAGAGAAUGAUAUGCUUGCACAAUCUGGAACCAACGUACUUGGGAUGGUAUAUAAUUACUAUUCUAUGUGUAUAUCUUAAAUUUGAAACAUGUACCAGAUUAUCCCCAAAUUACAUCGCAAUAGUUCUCACUUUUGUACAUAUACUGUUGAUGAUAACUAUAUAUUCAAUCAAUCUUUUUUGUACUUGAGGCCUAAGGCCCAUAUACAAAGUAUACAAAGUAUACCGAAAUACAAAAUAUACAUCAAGCGUAAUUGCUGUUUAUCAUAUACAUAUAUACAUGAUCUCCUUACAAGUGAAGCUUUACAAAAUUUUAACAAGAUUUCUACUUUAGCUUGAUCAUAAUCAUUCAUUAAAUUAACAAAACAUUUGGAUGUGCAUUUGCUUAAAUAUUUCUUUGGUACAAAAAGGUUUCUCAAAUCAUUUUAACAUAGGCAUUUCAUUAUUAUGUGGAAUUCAUCCUCUAACUCAUUCAAAUUACAAUUCUGACAGAUUCUUUUACAUUUUUCAACAUUUUUCCAUCUUCCAACAUUUUUGUAGUUUUUUGCACCUCCAGUUCUUAAAAGAACUAAGUAUCUCCUAUGCAUGAAAUAUUUUUUUCAAAAUACAUAUGGUUCAGCAUUUAAUGAAAAUUUGUAUUUACUGUGGCUAUCGAAUCUUGUACUUUCAUAUGUAUAUAUGUACUAGCACCAUGCAUUUGCUCGGAUGUUAAUUCCGGAGGAAAUAAAGAAAUUCGUUCAUUGAUUCAUACCGGCAUAUCACGAGCGGGCAGCAACAGGGGGUGAAUUAAAACUAUAGUUAGAUGAGCAUUGGGUAGAUACUAAAGAGACCAUAAGCACAUCAUUGAAUACAAACAUUAAAGAAAAAGCAGGAUGAGUGAGUGAGUUUUUUUAGUAUGAUUUUACGCAGUUUUAGUAAUAUUCCGGAGACAUCACGACCGGGAUGCAAGAAAUGGUCUUCACACAUUGCAGUCAGCAAUACUGUAGCUACAGCAGCAAAGAUUAAAAACAUAUCAUCCAAAUAUUAGUUUGUUCUUGUGCAAAUAGGAAGAUGGGACAUGAACAUUGUGUAAUGAUAGGCGAUCUCCUCAUGAGUGAGUGAGUGAGUGAGUGCAUAUAACGACGCAGCCACACGACACAAGAACUGUCAUUUCCUGAAGUUUACCUACGUGUGCAUUUACAGACUCACAUUUAUUUCUAAUCCAGUGAUCCUAGUAAAACAUCUCCACUCUUCCUCAUCCACUCUUC